CAUACCCUAAAUUGUACUCUUUGGUAUUUUCAUAAAGAAAAUGGCGUCACGCAUUUGGCUUCUAAUUUAAUGCAUUAUUUUCCGUAAUUCUCACAGUUUUCAUGAGUUAUUAAUAAGUGAAAAUGAUUUAAGGCUACAAAAUGGAUUUUGAUGACAUUGUGGUGAAAGAAAGCCCGGGGCUAUGCCGGUGCUGUCUUUCCGAAGGAUGCUACAAAGAUCUUAGUACCGAGUAUACAUGGAUGGACGAUACAGAAAUUUAUGCCGAUAUGUUACUGGAUUGCUUCGAUAUAAGUAUCUCUCAACACAGCGAAGGGCCUAAUGGUGCCAACCGACUUAUUUGUGAGGUGUGCGUAACAAGACUGAGAGAUGCUUGCAAUUUCAAGAAGCAGGUACUGGCCUCGGAAAAGAAAUUUGUUGAUAUGAUUGGCAGAGGUGCCUUUAAACCUAAAGCGGUUACAUACAAUGUCCCUAUCAAAUCUGAAACAAUCUUGGAAGUGCAGCCUCAGGAAACUGAGGUGGAGUAUCUUGAGGAGGGAAUGGAGUUUGCUGAUGAUGAUGUAUUAAAAGAUGACAUAAUUGGACAAACGAGUACAGAAGACAUUACUGUGUCAACUUUACCUAUUAAAGGCAAAAAGGGAAAACCAAAAAAGACUGUCAAUAAAACUGAGAAGAAGUCUUGUUCGAAAAUAGUACUCGUGGAGAAACCCAAAAUUUCAAAGCCUCUUACUAAAGAUGAAAUACCGCAUGCCUACGUGAACUGUGUCUCUGAGAGACGAAGGCGGAAUUUACAAAUAUUAUUCAACAACACCACCGUUUUACCAUUCAAAUGGCGGGGGAAAUGCCUAUGUUUCUAUUGCGGGGAAAGCUACGCGGAUUAUAAAGAUUUUAGAAAACAUACUCGUUCACAUGGGCUUUGUACAACUAAGGAUUAUUCCUUAAAACUAAUUAAAGGAAACGAUGUAGAAAUCAAAAUUGACGUAUCAAAAAUAUCUUGUGAAAUAUGCAAUGAAACAUUUCAACAUUUCAAAGAAAUAGUCGACCAUUUAAUCGUAAAACACGGUUUGGAUUACGACAAAUCAAUAGAUAGUUAUAUUGAAGAAUACAGGCUGUUGGAUUUUAAAUGUCUGUACUGCGAUUCACAAUUCAAAUACUUUGGUUUUCUAGUAAACCAUGUAAAUAAUGCACAUCCGCGUAAUAAUUAUGUAUGCGAUGCUUGUGGGGUUAAUUUUAAUAAAAAGAGAGAUUUGACUCUACAUUUCCGGCAUAACCAUCGCAUAGGGGGUUACCCUUGUACAGUAUGUUCAGAAACUUUCGAAUCCCAUAGUUUAUUACGUAAACAUCAAAAUGAUUAUCACUUUAGGAAGUGUAAAAGAUGCGGUGCAAACUUUGCAACUAAUAGUAUGUUGAUGAAGCAUAUACAUAUAGAACAUCCGGACGACGGCACCGCAAAAUGUCCGCAUUGUUCCAAGCAAUUACAUUCACCGCAAGGUUUAAAGCAGCAUAUACAUAAAUGUAAAGCCAACUUUAUGAAAAGAAAAGAUGACAAUUUUACUGAUAUUUUGUUGCAACCUAAAAAGAAACAAAACCUUAAACAAAUAAGACAGAAUAUCCAAUGCGUUCUAAACAUGUCUACGGCAGUGCCGUUUAAAUUUUUCGCGAAAUACUUUUGUUUCUAUUGCUCGAACAAGUUCGUAGAAUUUGAUGAACUCAAAGAGCAUACACAUUUAGAACAUCCUGUAUGUGAUUUGCAAUCUAAAAGCAUGAAGGGAUGUAAAGGCGAAAGAAUCGCUGUCAAAGUUGACAUAGCACAUUUAAAAUGUAAAAUAUGCGACGAACAAAUUGAUAAUCUAGAUUUAUUAAUCGAUCAUUUAAUUAUAAAACAUGAUGUAUAUUAUGAUAAGUCGAUUACAGGAUGUUUGGAAUCGUAUAAAGUUAUAAAAGAUAAUAUUCCAUGUCCAAUUUGUCCCAAUCGUAUCUUUAGAUACUUUGGUAUACUAUUACGACAUAUAAAUUCGGAACACAGUGAUAAUAAAAGAAUUUGUGACUUUUGCGGUCGCAGUUUUAAAAGUGUAACAAAUUUGAAAGUACAUAUAACUAAUGCACACACUGGUACAUGCGAAUGUAACAUUUGCGGCACAAAACAUAAAAAUCAAUGGUGUCUAAAUCGACACAAAGCGAAACAUCAUAAUGCAAAAGAUUAUAAAUGUCCAAAAUGUCCCGAAUUAUUUCAAUCACAAUACCAUAAACAGAAACAUUUAAUUUUAAAACACGAUAUAGGUCAUGAAUGUACUUAUUGUCAUAAAAUGUUUACGAGAAAUUCGUUCAUGAACGAUCAUAUACGAAGGACUCAUUUGAAAGAGAAGAAUGUUGUAUGUUCAGUCUGUAAUGAGAGAUUUUUUGAUAAUUAUCUACUUAGGAUGCAUAUGGUAAAACAUGAAGGUGAAAGAAAGUUUAGUUGCGAAAUUUGCGAGAAAGCCUUCUUGCGUAGGAGUAAUUUGAAUUCUCAUAAAGAAAUGCAUAAGAAAUACGGCCAUUUAAAGGCGAAUUAGAUUUACGUUAGUAUGAAAAAUUGCGAACAAAAAGUUUAUUUAAAAAGUUAUUC